AUGGCGCAAGUUUAUCAGUGGAUCAGCGAUGAACUUCAUAAUAUACUUGGUUUUAGCGACAAAUACACUGCAGAAUUUUUGUUGAAUCUUGCUUCUAAAAGCUCAAGUGCAGAUGUGUUACUUGAAAAAAUAAAGGAUACCGGAACUUUAACGAUUAAUAAGGAUGUCGUCAAGUUUGCUAGUGAACUUUGGCAUAAAGUUCCUCAUGCAGAAGUGAAAGAAAAGCCUGCUAGAGCUUAUGAAAGAGCGAUUGCUGAAACAUUGAAGAAAAAUAUGAGUUACCAAUUAAUUGAGGACGACGACGAUGAUAUUCCAGCCCCUGUGAUUCAAAAACCGAAGAAAGCUAAGAAACGGAAAAAUUUGCGCGAAAGGAAAGAAUCUAGCAGUGACAGUGAAGAAUUUUCAAGAUAUGACAAAGAUUCCAGUAAAAAAUCAGACUCUGAGAGUGAUUAUGAGAAGAUGGAAAGAGAAAGACUGGAAGAUUUGAAAGAGAGAGAUGAAUUCUCAGAACGUCUUAAAAAGAAAGACAAAGACAAAACACGUAACAUAGUUGAAAAAUCUGACCGAAAGGCUUUUGAAGAAGCAGCAAAAAGGCUUCGUCUUGAAGUUGAAGAUCGCAAAAAAAUUGUCCCCAAGUUGCGAGUGGAAUCUCGGAGAGAAUAUUUGAGCAAAAGAAAAGAAGAUAAAUUACUUGAGUUAGAAGGAGAUAUACAAGACGAAGAGUAUCUAUUUUCAGACGUCAGACUCACUUCAAAAGAAAAAAAAGAACUGGAAUAUAAAAAAAAGAUUUUAGAGCUUGCAAAGCAACAUGAUAAAGCGAAAGAAAUGGAAAAAAUUGAACGCUAUCACAUGCCAGAGGCUUCUCGAAAAGAACCCAGCAAAAAGUAUGAAGAAAUCGACGAGAGGGAAAAAGCGCCCAAUGCGGAACAAUUGAUAUGGGAACAAGAGCGACUCGGAUUUGCCCAGAUGCGUUUCGGAGCAGCUGAUGCGAAAAAUAAGCACAAAGAAAAGGAGUACGAUUUAGUAUUCGAUGAUGCUAUCGAGUUUGUUCAGACGAUCAAAAUGCCAGGUUCCUCAUCAGUGGAAAAUGAACCAGAAGUGUCUGAACUGGAGAAAAAGAAACUUACCAUUCAAGAAACAAGAAGGAGUCUACCAAUAUAUCCAUUUAGGGAAGAUUUAUUGAAAGCGAUAGAAGAGCACCACGUUUUGAUCAUCGAAGGUGAAACCGGAUCUGGGAAAACGACUCAAAUACCACAAUAUUUAUAUGAAGCAGGUUAUACAAAUGACAAGAAAAAAAUUGGCUGCACCCAACCCCGAAGAGUAGCAGCUAUGAGCGUGGCUGCCCGCGUAGCUGAAGAACUCUCCGUCAAACUUGGAAAUGAAGUCGGCUAUAGCAUCAGAUUUGAAGACUGUACGUCUGAGCGAACGGUACUGAAAUAUAUGACGGAUGGCAUGCUGCUCAGGGAGUUUCUCUCAGAACCUGACUUGGCAUCUUACAGUGUCGUCAUUGUAGAUGAAGCUCAUGAGCGCACACUUCACACGGAUAUUCUGUUCGGAUUGGUUAAAGACAUCGCUCGGUUUCGUCCAGAUUUGAAGUUGCUCAUAUCCAGUGCAACUUUAGAUGCUGAGAAAUUUUCACAAUUUUUUGAUGAUGCUCCUAUUUUUAGGAUACCUGGGCGAAGAUUUCCAGUUGAUAUUUUUUAUACUAAAGCACCAGAAGCAGAUUAUUUGGAUGCUUGUGUAGUAACAGUUUUACAAAUACACUUCACACAACCAUUAGGGGAUAUAUUAGUGUUUUUAACAGGUCAGGAAGAAAUUGAAACAUGUAAUGAAUUACUUUUAGAAAGGACUAGAAAGCUAGGCUCUAAAAUGAAAGAACUUAUCAUAUUGCCUAUAUAUGCAAAUUUACCUUCAGAUAUGCAGGCUAAGAUAUUUGAACCGACACCACCAGGUUCUAGAAAAGUUGUCAUUGCUACAAACAUUGCAGAAACAUCUUUGACUAUUGAUGGUAUAAUUUAUGUUAUCGAUCCGGGUUUUUGCAAACAAAAUAGCUUCAAUGCUCGAACUGGAAUGGAAUCUUUAGUUGUUACGCCAAUUUCCAAAGCUUCGGCCAAUCAAAGAGCGGGGAGGGCCGGUCGUGUUGCAGCUGGGAAGUGCUUCCGUCUGUACACUGCUUGGGCUUACCAACACGAACUUGAAGACAACACGAUUCCGGAAAUUCAACGCGUAAAUUUGGGAAAUGCGGUUUUGUUAUUGAAGUCUUUAGGUAUAAAUGAUAUCAUUCAUUUUGAUUUUCUAGAUCCGCCACCACAUGAAAGCUUAGUUUUAGCUCUAGAGCAGUUAUAUGCCUUAGGGGGUUUGAAUCAUCAAGGCGAAUUAACAAAACUUGGAAGACGCAUGGCAGAAUUUCCAGUGGAUCCCAUGAUGUCAAAAAUGCUCUUGGCUGCUGAAAAAUAUAAAUGCUCCGAGGAAAUUCUUUCAAUUGCAGCAAUGUUAUCAGUAAAUAAUGCAAUAUUCUAUAGACCCAAAGAUAAAAUUGUGCAUGCAGAUACAGCAAGAAAAAAUUUCUUUAGCCCAGGAGGAGACCAUUUAACCCUUUUAAAUGUUUACAAUCAAUGGGUCGAGUCCGAUUAUAGCACUCAGUGGUGUUUCGAAAAUUAUAUUCAAUACAGAUCCAUGAAGAGAGCUCGAGACGUCCGAGAACAGCUGGAAGGGUUAAUGGAUAGGGUGGAAAUCGAGCUGGUAUCAAAUCCUUUAGAUUCUGUUGCCAUUAGAAAAUCAAUAACUGCUGGAUACUUUUAUCACACUGCACGUCUAUCGAAAAGUGGACAGUACAAAACUGCUAAACAGCAGCAAACAGUUAUGAUUCACCCUAAUAGUGCACUGUUUGAAGAUUUACCAAGAUGGCUUGUUUAUCAUGAAUUAGUAUUUACGACUAAAGAAUUUAUGAGACAGGUUAUUGAAGUUGAAGGCAUGUGGUUGUUAGAAGUCGCUCCUCAUUAUUAUAAGUCAAAAGACAUUGAAGAUUCUUCGAAUAAAAAAAUGCCUAAAAAUACGGGGAAGGCACAAUCUGAUUUGGACAGAAAGUAUUAGUAUAUUAUCUGUAAAUAAAUUUUAUACUUAAUUUUGUACAUUUACCUAUUCAUUUUUUUACAUAAGCUCUAAUGUUAGCAUUUUUUUUUUUUUUUUUUUUGAAUUCUUCAAAUUUAAAUGAAAUGUUGUUCUGAUUUUAAAAAAUGAACACAAGAAUGAGAGGUCUUGGCCAAGAGAUUGCA